GAAGAGUGAAGUCAUCUCCUCCACUUCUCCAUGUCCAUUCUUUAGGGCCCAGCUAGGUAGUUAUUUCCUUUAUGACACCUACUUCCUGUUUCCUAAAUGUCCCAGGUGUCAAUCCUUCACACUCCUGGAGAAGCUGGUGGUAACUGCUGGGCAGCCUUCCACAUUUUAGUUCCUUUCCAAGUUGAGUAGGUAACCCUGGAACCUUACUUCGGCCCACAACAAAGCAUGCCAACUAUAUAAGAUGAGAAAGUAACUGCCAAUUUUGGGUUUUUGGCUCCUCUUGUCUUCCUCCAGGAGCCCCCAGAGCCAGCAUUUUCAAAACAUGUUAUUAGGGGAUUUGUAGCGGCAGGAAGGGCAUAGGGCAGGAUCUCUUGUGACUAUGCAGACGGGUGAAGGAGAGUCCUGGAGCCUUCAGUGGCUUUUUCAGGCUUUUAAAUUGUCAUUUUACCAGGUACAAGGCAAGCAGGGGUGCUGGGGGCCCAGGAGGCUGGCAGGCCUCCCAGCCCCUGGCGUGUCUUCACUCUUUCUGAGUUCUGUGGCAUCCUCUCAUGGUCUCUAUUUCUCUUUCUUCUGCUGAUUCCAUUCCGCACUCUCGCUGGUUCUUCUGGUCCUCUUCUGCUCUUAUCUUCUCUUUCUUCUGGAGCCCUUAUGGCCCACUCUCAGCCCAGUGUACCUGCCUGUGCAUGCCCACACCCCAAUCCAGGUGCCUGCCAUCAGGCAUGCACUCAGGACAGCAGGGAUCCAGCAUCCAUCCUGAUGUUGGGAGGGCAGAAAAGCCUGAUAAUCGUUUACCCUACAGGAUUCAACAACCAAUUAGAUUAAACUCGCAUUAAAAAGAUAUAUUUGUUAUUGAGUAUUGGCUAUUUAGCACUAUUCAGGAAAAAAUCAGAUGCUUGAGCAUGAUACAGGGCAGCAAGGGGCACUAAAACUGGCCAAGGACACUGUCCAAAUAGUUUACCAGUCACUGUCUGAGUUCUUCACCCAAGUGCAAAAUUGCAAGACCACUCAGGUUCAAAGAACAACAAUAAUGGAUUUAUUUUAAAAACUAGAGUAAGCAAAGAGUCACUGAGGCCACAUAUGGCCAUUUACCUCACCCCAAGCAAAGUCCUAAGCACAAAGGCUCCCAAGAUGACAUCUUCCCACUACUGCGGGCCUGAAGCAUGUGGCAGCCAGACUCUAGGCCGGUAUCCAACUCACAAAGACACCAGAAGACACAACAGGAGAUGCUCACCGGAGCUGCUGAGAUGCCCCUGCGCAGCACCAGACAGGAAAAAUGGAAGAGCUGAGUCAAGCCCUGGCUAGUAGCUUUUCUGUGUCUCAAGAUCUGAACAGCACAGCUGCCCCACACCCCCGCCUGUCCCAGUACAAGUCCAAGUACAGCUCCUUGGAGCAGAGUGAACGGCGCCGCCGUUUACUGGAACUGCAGAAAUCCAAACGGCUAGAUUAUGUGAACCAUGCCAGAAGACUGGCUGAAGAUGACUGGACAGGGAUGGAGAGUGAGGAAGAAGAAGAUAAAAAGGAUGAUGAAGAAAUGGACAUUGAUGCUGGCAAGAAAUUACCAAAACGCUAUGCUAAUCAAUUGAUGCUCUCUGAGUGGCUAAUUGAUGUGCCUUCAGAUUUGGGGCAGGAAUGGAUUGUGGUCGUGUGCCCUGUUGGGAAAAGAGCCCUGAUUGUGGCCUCCAGGGGUUCUACCAGUGCCUACACCAAGAGUGGCUACUGUGUCAAUAGGUUCUCUUCCCUCCUGCCUGGAGGCAACAGGCGAAACUCAACUACAGCAAAAGACUACACCAUUCUGGACUGUAUCUAUAGUGAGGUAAACCAGACUUACUAUGUUCUGGAUGUGAUGUGCUGGCGGGGACACCCUUUUUAUGACUGCCAGACUGAUUUCCGAUUCUACUGGAUGCAUUCAAAGUUGCCAGAAGAAGAAGGACUGGGAGAGAAAACCAAGCUCAACCCGUUUAAAUUUGUUGGCCUGAAGAAUUUCCCUUGUACCCCUGAGAGCCUGUGUAAGGUGCUAUCUAUGGAUUUCCCUUUUGAGGUGGAUGGCCUGCUCUUCUACCACAAGCAGACCCACUACAGCCCAGGGAGCACUCCUCUGGUGGGCUGGCUGCGCCCCUACAUGGUGUCAGAUGUUCUCGGUGUGGCUGUGCCUACUGGCCCACUGACCACCAAGCCAGAAUACGCUGGGCACCAGCUGCAGCAGAUUAUUGAGCACAAGAGGAGCCAGAAGGAGGGCACAAGAGAGAAACUCACACACAAGGCCUCUGAGAAUGGACACUACGAGUUGGAGCACCUGUCCACCCCCAAAUUGAAGAGCCCUUCCCAGAACCCCGACCACCCUGGAAGCCUCAUGGAGAACUGAGGGCUGCCUCCUUCUGGAGCUGCAGGGCGGUGCUCGACCCCAGUAGGAAGGCUGGGGAGGAGGACAGUGCUAAGAGCAGAUGACUACAUUUUAGAGUGGACUUCCCGAAGCCACUGCAGCUGGAGGUAGCUUACCUCCUAUGUGAAAGGCUGGCUCGAACGGUUGGGGGAGGUGCCCAGAUUGGGUGGGAUUCAGAUUUGGGCAGCAACUGCUGUGAAAAGUGUAUCCCAGACCCGCCAUGUAAAUACAUGUAAUU